UUUUUUUGAGAGCACAAAAAGUCCUCUGAGAGAACUGGGAAAGUGAGACUAGCUCAAAAUUCUACGAUAAGUCACUUAUCUGAAAAAUAUCCACGAUAAAGUCAUACAAAAAAAAAUGUAGAGCAGCAAGUUGAUCUCUUCGUGAUUCAGUCAGUUGCGCUGUGAAUUUCGGCAAAAUCGGACUCAAAUGAACUUAAUUCCUUUAAUUCGUGAUUAGUCAUUAGUUAAAUAUUUUUUAAAAUAAAAAAAUGGAAAUGGAAUGGAAAUUACUCAUCGCUGUUUUUAUUUUCAUCAGCCGAUCAGUUGAAUCGAGUCUGCCGUGCUCGUUUAUUGAGACUGUCAAUAUUACUGGUGGAUAUGUAGACAUUGACCGCAAUUACAUCUAUAGUAGUGAUGUAUAUCCACUUGGUGCAUAUCAAGAGUUUGACUACCUUGAAGAUUUUGCAAGGAAUAGAGUCAGUGUUGAUCCACACAUUCGUGGAUGCAUUUGUAAGCUCAAACCUUGCAUACGGCUGUGCUGUCAAGGAAAAGAAAAUAAUUUUGACUCAAAUUGCUUCAUAUCAGACACAAUAACGGUCGUAAAUGAGGUCAAUGAGGAUGAAACAAUAGAUUUAAAUGACACUCAUUAUGGAAUACUUAUCGGUCGUCCAUGCAAAGUAAUGUAUGAACUCAAUGUAGCCGAUUACGAUGACGAUCGCUGGAACUUUUUGAAAAACGGAUCAAUAUACAAGCCAGAGGACAAACAAGUACACAACAUCGAUGAUUACUGCUUUGGUGUAACAAACAAAACCGUAGCAAUUUUAUACUUAUGUUUUGAAAACAGCGAUGACUCUAUAGAUAAUCGUUAUGUGGUCUACCCAAUCGGAAUGUUAAUUUCAAUUCCAUUUUUAAUCAUCACAUUCUUAAUUUAUGCAUGCGUUCCGGAGCUGCAAAAUAUUCACGGACGUAGCUUGAUGUGCUACACAUUUUCAUUGACAAUUCUUUAUGCUGCAUUGAUAACAGCACAAAUGGAUAUAAUUGAUCUUUAUUUACAUCAAAAAAUUUGCAAAACUGUUGGAUAUUUGAUAUAUCUUGCCGCCUUCCUGAGUUUCUUCUGGAUGAAUGUUAUGUGCUUUGAUAUAUGGAAAAUUGCCAGAAAAGCCGUCAGACGAUCGCAACAAGAAGAAUUAAAAACAUUCAUAAUCUACAGCAUUUAUUCCGUCACGUGUCCACUGUUGAUGACUAUAACUGUUUUCCUGAUUGAUGUCACUAAACCAUUUGAUCAACAUUACUUGCCAAUGAUUGGAGAAAUUAAAUGCUGGAUUCAAUCACAGUUUAAAGCUGAGGCAAUUUACGUGUACAUACCGAUUUCAAUCAUCAUAUUGCUUAAUGUGGCUCUAUUUGGAGAUACAGCUAGGAAUAUAUGGAAUUUCCAAAAUUCAUCAGUUAAGGGAGGAAAGGGACAGAUGAGAAAUAGGAUAUUGAGAAGAAGAUUCUUCAUCUACCUCCGUCUCUUCAUCUUAAUGGGCUUCAUGUGGAGUAUGGAGUCAAUCAGCUGGCUAGUUGGAAGUAAAUCAAUAUUCUUCUACAUCGUGGACUUCUUCAAUUGCAUUCAAGGACUUUUGAUAUUCUUAAUAUGUGUUUGUGAUGUUAGAACAAGACAGCUUUUAGUUAAAAGGGGUGGCUCACUAAUGACAUCUGUUAAAACGGAACAAUAGACUUAGGGUGACGGGAAGCAUUUGGGUAUCUUGUGUACCAGCUAGGAUAUCAAAUCUAACUGCAUGCUUCAUUUUUGAUAAGAUGCUGUCCAAGAAGAUUCGCAAGCAAAGAAAGCGUAACAGCCGUUGAAGAGAUUGAAAACACGCCUAGUGACAGACUGACCAUUUCAGAAUCAAAAAUCAAAAAUUAAAUCUGACUACUAAAAUUAUUUCCAUAUUAAAACUAGAGCUCGAAGUUGACUCGAAAAAAGUUGAGUCGACUCGGUUUUGAGUCAAGUUGAGGCAAUUGAGUCGAUUCGAACCCUAUCGACUUCGAACUCUGAUUAAAACCAAAGAAGUCAUGGCAAUUAUAUGACAAGAUUAAUAAUGAAGCUACUUAUAGUGUUAAUAUGGGCCUACUUUUGAUAUUUUAUAUAUAUUUGUUUGUUUGCAUUUUGUAUACGAAUCUUGUUCAAGUGUGUUGAACUGAUAAAUCGAAUUAUGAUCAGGUUCGAUCAGUUCCAGACUCUAAACCUUAUUGACUUAACUACCUUAAAUGUUUGUUCUAUUUGUAGGUUAAAAUUUGAUGAAUAAAAAUGCUUG